CUUGCACUUAAUUCGCAAAAAGCUCAUUGCAGUUUGGUUCUUGCGUAGGUUUUCGCGGUGAAAAGGUUUUACGAAUUGACAUCUUAAAAAGUGCAUUUUGAAACUAUUUUUUCACUUUGUCGGAAACAUCUUGAGCGAAAUUUUCAAGAUUGUGUGCGUGUCAGACGGUAAAAUGGCAGGAAGAGGACGACUGCGCUCUUUAAACCCGCAGCCAGCGGUCCUGAAGUCAUCUGGUAUCGCGACCUUCACGGAUGAAGAUGAAGAGGUGUAACAACGCUACAUGCAGCUGAUCGACCAGGAGAGUGAUAAUCCUGGAGUUCCAGCAAAGGAAGUCCAAAAAGACAUUCGAAUGCGCUCUCGAUUUGGACGAGUGCUUGGCGAUCGUGCACAGGAGAUGGUGGAGAAAGUGCAACCACCAGAGAAACCAGAGGAUAAGCACGCUGCUUUUCAGGAUCAGCAGAAAAAAAGUGGAGGGAAAAGAGAACCCUCAAAUUCCGAAGUUUCGGGGUGUUGGAUGAGCAGAAAGAGACUGCUCCAAAGAAGGAUGAAAUGGGCGUCCAAAAAGCCAUGGAGAAGGAAAACGCCAUGGGGAGAAACGCCAUCACCUCCGACACCUUAUUCAAGAAGAUUUCCCUCUUGACAGUGGAGGAAAAGAAGAAGCUGAAGAUUGGUGGACUGCCUGCAGUAAUUGAACAGCAGCAGAACCCUCAGAUGGGCGACAAUGAUGGACAGACCACAAUUGUCCCGAGCGUCAUGGCCGUGCUGUGUGAGCUGCUGCAGGAGUCGUUGGAUGCGCCACACCGCAGAAUCUGCAUGCGAAUGUUGCAGAAAGGAGCCUGGAUCGACUGGUUGGAACUGCUGAAACAGAUUGCAGCAUAUGUGGAUGUUCUGCCGCCGUUCCAGAACGUGAAUAAUGAUCACUGGAUGCAGUAUGAGCAGCCUAAUCUUGCUCAGUAUAUGGACGUCCACUGUGACGAUGUGGCCUUUCGGAAGCUGCGGUUGUUCCAGCAAGAGGCGAAUCAGAUGAUUCGAUUUCGUGUGGUGAGCGCGCAGAAUACCCGUCACAUCACUACACAGAAGAUAACUUCGUCAUUCAAAAUGUUGACGAAUGUGGCUCAGUUUAUUUGCGAUUACAUGGAUCGUAUUGACGGAGUGCUGUACUUGAUCUCGUACGACUUCGACCAGAAAGCAUUUCACCAAAAGAAGUCGGUGAAGCUGGUACCACAGCCAGAAGUGUACAAGAACACUGGAUUAGCAGGGAUAAUGCGACAGACAGCUGGAAACCAAGCAGCGCAGAACUUUGCACGAGAACGGGACGACGUGCAGAAGCGCAUGGCGGAAGCGGUGGAUGAUAUGCAAAACAUCCACUUCGAUACUCCAUGGUUUUGGAGAGCUUUUCAUGCACUGAGGGUGCUGUUGGACGGCUUGUCAGCGCGAUAUGGAUUGCCGCGAUAUGUGUUUCAGCCAGAGAAGACCACAGUGCCACCUGUUCUUCGUACCAACGAACGUUGGUACGAGUUGGCCCCAGAAGCACAGCAGGCUGCCCGUAAUGUGCAGGGCAUGUAUAUUCUGGAACUCGACAUGUUGCGAGCGCUGAAGAAAAACCGCCAGGAAAUGGAACUGACCCUGGCUGCCUACAACCUUCCCCCACCGACCAACAUCAUUACCUUCCCUCCGGAUAUCACUACUGCCAUCAGAACGUUGGAAGCGAAAGAACGGGAGGAUCCGGAUGCGUCGAAGCGGAUGUCGGAUGCCCGACAGGGAUGGAUGACCGCGGCGUAUGCGCUGAGUAACCUGGAGCGACAGUGAGUCCAGGACGGAACCGAUACCGGACAUGUAUUGGAUGUGACGGAUCCCGUUGGCCUUAACUCGGUAGAUAAGCCUCCCGAGGGGAGAUCUCUUUCGUUAUUGUGUUUUCUUUUACUUUUGUUAGUGUCCUCCGCGGACGGAGGCGUUAUUUGAUGCGGGGAUGACGCUGUGGUGGUAGGAAGCGUCGUACAUGUAGACUUUUGUACGAGAUUGGUGUUGCUUAUGUUGCCGCUAAUUGGUUGAUAAUUGCUAGCUUCUAUGACUCACUAGCACCAGAUUGAUCUCAUGUUAAUGGCGGUGUUAUCUCUCUUGAAUUUUGAUGUGCAAUUUAGUCUUGACUGGAACAUCUAUCGAAUUGCAAUUUAAUAACAACAUCCUGAAUCUGAGAUCUCUCGUGUCUUCUAGUAGCGAAAGCAUUAGCGUGUACCUACCGGAAGUCACAUCCCUUUUACUAACUCUGGAUAAUUACAUCUUCCAGAUAACUCUCGUGCACGUAGGAAUAGGUAACAGUUUGGUAAGUAGAACUUCGACAUAAGAAAACAUUUAUCUUUCUUAUUUUCCCACUUUGUCGAUUGAGUAAGGUUUGGUCAUCUA